UCCAUACACCGAAUACACAGUCGGAACUAUAUAAACACAGUACAAAGUUCAAUGUAGUUGGUAGUUCACAACAUUAUAUUAUGGCGUCUACCUAUUGACUUUAAUUCACUGCAAUCGCUACUCGAAUGGAAACUGUAAAUUAUAUAGCUGGUUUACCUAAACACAUGUAAUAGUGGAACCUCAAAGUUAUGUGCGAAACAUUUAGUUUGGAAGAUAAAGUAAUUACUGUCAAAUCGUAAACAACCCUUAUUUUAAAGGUACAGCUGUUUGUAAGUGCACGUUUCACUGCAUGAAUUCGCGCCGUCAGAUCACGUGCAGCUGUGGGUUUGCGCCUGCGCACUUUACUGUCUGCUUAUUCCCCGGCCAACAACGCCCUCCAGUGUCCGAAUAGAAAUUUAGGUAAGAUAAUCCAUGCCUGGCCCAAAAUUGAAGAAAAUUAUUUUACGUUUUACUAAAAUCACUUCUAAUUUUCAGUGAAGUGUCUUACCAAUGCAGUGUAUUACAAAAAGUGGCUUAUGAUACAGAAACUGCGCAUGAACUUCAUUUGACCUCGAGUAUCUCAACUAUGCAUUCGAGCGCGAGAACUAGUUCGGCAAACUAAGGCAAGCCGCCAUCUUGAUUUCAAGGUCAGCGGGUUUUAGUUCGGUGUUUUGGUACGAAAUAACCUGUUCUGCUGGUGUACCCGGACUAAAUUCUCAUCCAGAGACACAAGCCUUACUACAUGUAAUUUAGCAACAUGAGUGGUGCAGAGGCAGAUCCAAACCCAGACUGUCAGAAUUUGUCAGAUAUUCAAAAUUACCUGGUUAGCUUCAAUAAGGAGAUAGAAGGAGGUGAGCAGCCUCAUUUUCAAGCAGCCACUCUCACCCAAAUCCCUCAUCCUGAGACUAACCCAGAAGAAGUGGCAGAAACAUCAGCUGAUAAAGAACCAGAGACUGUUAACUAUGACACUGUUUAUUAUGAUGGUCAACCUCUUCUUCAACAUAGCGAGGAACAAAAUGGUGCUGAUGUGCCUGUCUCUCUGCCCAUUCAGGGCUUCGUUGUGGCCUCAGCCGCCGAGGCAGAAGCAGCAAUGAAUCCUGAGACAUCUGGAAUCCUAGAAGAGUCGAAUGUAGUAAAAGAGGAUAUCCUAGAUGCUGCUGAGCAGUUAUCAGCCGUCCAUGCGCAGAUUGCUGAGCUCUCAGGAUCUUCGGAGGUUCAUGUGGGGACAGACUUUGAAACGGUUGCCGAACAGGGAAGUAUUUCUCAAGCAGGCGUGGAGGUUCCAGAGGAUGUGAUAACUACAAGUACCAGUGUAAGUGAACACACAGUUCAGAUGGUUGCUCCUGAUGGCCAGCAUGCUGUUCAGAUGGGAGAGGGGAAUGUCACCGUGGACAUUUCUCAGUUCUCGGAAGAAACAUUGCAGUCUGGUGAGGAUGAUGUGAGCCAGGCAACUCAAGAGCAAAUCCAGCAGAUUGUGCAAGGAGAAACCAUCAUGGAUGGCUCAGACCCAGUCGCGGUCUUGGCGUCCGUUGCGGCGAACUCCAGCAGUGCCUUGGGAAGCCUGCAGAGCGUGACAGUGUCCCAGCCAGAACUUCAUGGAGCUCAUCUGGUGGCCUUGCAGAGUUCUGACAGUUCCCAGCCUCAGCUUGUGGCAGUGCAGGCCCCUGAUGGUAGUGGCACAGAGAACAUACAAGUGAUGGGCACAUCAGAGGUUUCCACUUUGCCCAAUGGUCAGGUCAUCCUGAACACUCCAGGGAACAGUUACCAAACUGUGACCAUUAUGCCAUCAGAGUUAAACCAAGGUGGUGAAGUGAGCUAUGUGCUGAUCGUCUCACAGCCUGAGGGUGAACGAGAGGGCUCUACAAGGGGUAUGGGUGUGGACAUGUCAGUAUACGACUUUACAAGAGACGAUACAAGAGAGGUGAUUGAAGAGAUAAUUGAUGAACACGGAACCGCCAGAAAGAUCAUCCGUUUGAAAAAGCCUGGAUCACCUACCUCCCCUUCCCAGCUGAUGUGCCAUUACUGUAACUAUACCAGCCCGAAGCGUUACCUUUUAACCCGCCACAUGAAAUCACAUUCCCAAGAGCGUCCACACAAGUGUGGUAUCUGUAGCCGUGGGUUUAAAACGUUAGCCUCCCUGCAGAAUCAUGUCAACACGCAUACUGGUCUCCGGCCUCACAAGUGUCGACAGUGUGAAUCCAGUUUCACAACCUCUGGGGAACUUGUACGCCAUGUCCGUUACCGCCAUUCAUUUGAGAAACCACACAAGUGUACAGAGUGUGACUACGCCAGUGUGGAGCUGAGUAAACUUAAGCGACACAUGAGAUCUCACACUGGGGAGCGCCCUUAUCACUGUCCGCACUGUCCAUAUGCUAGUCCGGAUGCCUACAAGCUUAAGCGUCAUCUGCGAAUUCACACAGGAGAGAAACCGUACGAGUGCGAUAUCUGUCAGUCACGCUUCACCCAGAGCAAUAGCCUCAAGGCUCACCGACUCAUCCACUCUGGCAACAAGCCUGUAUUUCAGUGUGAACUGUGUCCCACUACUUGCGGACGCAAGACAGACUUGAAAAUCCACAUGCAGAAGCUACACACGGCAGAGGAGCCUUUACAAUGUGAGCGAUGUCUUCAGACCUUUCCAGAUCGCUACCAGUUCAAGGUGCAUGUAAGAACUCAUGAAGGUGAGAAAUGCUACAAAUGUGAUAAAUGUGAGUAUGCUGCUUUGUCAAAGCGUCAUUUGGACAGUCAUAUGCUGACACACUCUGGUGAAAAACCGUAUGAAUGUGAUGGCUGUGGACAAUCCUUCAGACAAAAGCAGCUUUUGAAACGGCACAAGAACUUGUACCACACACCGGAAUACAUCGCCCCCUCUCCUAAAAAUAAGUUGUUCUAUUGUGCUGAGUGUGACAGAUCCUUUGCUCAUAAGGGCAACCUGAUGAGACACAUGGCCCUUCAUGACCCAGAUAGUCACAUUUGCAAGGUCUUCCAAACCACUGAAGGCCCAUCCACUGAAAUGCUACAGAGAAACAUUCGGGCCGAAUUGCAGGAGGGCCGCCUCACGAACCCCGCUGGUAAAACCCCACAAGUGGUCAUUGUCCACCUGGAUGGCCAUGUGGAAGAGAUUAACCCUGAUGACCCUGUGGAAGAUCCCAUGGAGGAAGACCCGAGUGAAGUUGAAGACAAGUCCACUGACAACAUGGUGGACUUAGCUGUGCAGACUUACCAGAACACUGUUACAGAAGUAAACACCUCAGCAGAGGACAUGGGACAGCUCCCUGUCAACUCUAAAGUUAAAGUGGUGCGAGUGGGAGGGAAAGGCAACCCUUAUGUAUCUGAGGAUGAGGGUGUUAGGACCAUUACAGAUGUGUCUGUUGCUGGUGAAUCUAUUGUUGAUCAGUCCAUUCCUGAUCAGCCUCUUACUGGUCCAUCUGAGAAUAGCUCCAUCACUGAGACUACACCAGAUUCAGUGAAUGGACCCCCCAAGUCUGUACCCUCAGUGCAUGUCCUUCAAGAAACAGUCCCCUCAGCCUCUGUUCCCCAAGUAACUGCCCCCUCAGAGGAGGAAGAGCUCCAUCUGGAUGAGAAUCAAGUGUGCCAGGAGGCAGGAACCCAGGUUGAGUUUGAAUCGGAGGAAGAAGACAGUACACCUGAAGCACCAAAAAAUAGGAAAACUGAGUCUUCACACAAGGGAGUUUCAUUUACAAUUCAGGAGGUAUCUGAUGGAACGCAGCGAACAUAUGUACCAUUAAAAAAGGUGAAAAAGCACUACAAGAGUUACGCAGGGUCCAGGUCGGACAGAGGUGCCCAGAAAUUUCCCACUGCCAGUAAAUCAGCAGCCUCUUUGUUGAAUACGCUCCCACAAGAGGAACCCUCAGAACCAGAAAUGAAAGCUACAGAAGUUCAGACCUCAGAACCAAUUGAAUCGGUGGUGGAUGAGAGUACCGCAGAUCAAGAGUCAUCUGCACUUGAAGCACAGGAGACAACAUCAGAGGACACAACAGCAGUGGAGAUGUCCCCAGCUGAGAUGACAGCAGUGGAGAUGUCAGCAGUGAAGAGGACUGUAGUGGAGACAAUAUCAGAGGCGACUACAGCAGUGGAACCGUCUCCGGCAGUUGAAAGUGUCACUGAGCCAUCUCAGUCUGUGGGACGAGAGUCCACUACUCUUAAUGCAGUUCCAGAGACCGCUGAAGAAAGCAUGCCUGCUCUAAGCCAAGGAGAGAAAGGGGAAGGUGAUGUGGCCACAAAACCACAAAUUGCACAGGAAGCACCAACUCCAAGACGCCGGGGACGUCCUCCUAAAAAGAAGGUGGAGGAGUGUGUUGAUUCACAUGUUAAAGGCGAGAAACCAGAAGUCCAGACAACACCAUCCUCCACACCUAUACUGCCUCCCCGUGGCCGAAUGACCACUCGAUCCUCACCCAAAGGUGUGGUAUCCCCUGUCACAGCCAGCCCUAAGCCAGACAGUCAAGAGGACAAAAGCUUAAGAGCUAGAAAGCGUAAGGCUGAUAUAGAGGUCAGCUCUCCAAAGAGAUCAAGGCGUUUGGAAAAUGCUGCCAAACAAGCAGGAUUGACUGGGAAGAAGUGAACAUUACUGAGAAGAUGGCGAUGCUGAUUGUGCUGUGGCUAUAUAUUUAUCAAGUAUACCUAAAUUGCAUUUACACUAUUGAAUAAAACUUGAUACACGGUUACAUGUAAUCAAAUUAUACAUCAAUAAGUUAAGCAGUAUUUUUUUUUGUAUUGGCAUUUUGUCCCAACUUAACAAGUUUCCAUCACUUUGUAUUCCAAGACCAUUUUCUGCUUCAUCCAACAACUGUGACAUUUUCCCAUUGCCAGACAGCUGAAAAGUUCAAUUUGUAUGUUUUUUCCCUUAGCAAAGGGUUAGAGGAAGAUAUUCAAAAAUGAAAUAAUUUUUUUUCUUUUCUUUUUUGUACAAAUUUAAAUGUGCUCAGAUAUGAAAUUGGAGCCACAUACAAUUUAUAUAUAACAUUUGCUUUACACGCGUUAAGUUCAAAAUA